ACCUGGUGGGGUGCUGGUUAGGCGCCAUGCCGUGCUGCCACGGCGCCGGCGGGCUGGCGGGGCAGUACAAGUUCGGCGGGCGGAGCGGCGGGUGCGUGGCGGCGCUGGGCGCGCUGAAGCUGACGCUGGGGCUGGCUCUGGGCGGCUCCAUGCUGCGCGUGCUGGCGGAGUUCCCCGUGGGGCUCCUCGGCGUGCUGCUGCUCUUCGCCGGCGUCAAGCUCGCCGUCGCUGCCAGAGACAUGGCCUCCAAGGCCGAGGCGUUCGUCAUGCUGCUCUGCACUGCCGUGUCGCUCGUCGGCUCCAGCGCCGCGCUGGGCUUCCUCUGCGGCAUGGUCGCGCACGGCCUGCUCAUGCUCAGGGCAUGGGCGAUGGGGGUCAGGCUGAGCUAGUCACUAAGCAGCUAGCGCCAGUGAUCCUCAUUCAGGAUCAGGUCGUGUGUGUUGUAAAUUGUGUGUGAAUUGCUCUUACUAUGAUUGUGAGUGAUUCUGUGUCUGCAUAAUGUCCCAAUCCUGUCACUUCUCGUUGACUGGGCAAUUUCAUCUUCAACAAGGUUAUCACUACAGCCCUCUCCAUGGCUGAAUGAACAAGGGUGAUGCUUCUUCCGCGGCUGCACAUCGCCGCCU